UCUCCGGCCAACACCGCGAGUUUCGUUUGGAUGUUCGCGUUUGUCUGCUAGCAUCACCAGCCAUCGCAUGUUUAGGAUUUAGGAGUGAACUUGUUCCGUAUAUAAAGAAUUAUUUGAGUGAUCCACUCUUCUAACUGCAGGUGCACAAUGGUCUCAUUAAAGCGAGAAAACAUUGAGCUUGAGGACGACGACGACGAGGAAGAAGGGGUGGUUGCCAAGGUGGGACGAGGACGGGCCGCGGAGGAUCGGAGGAGCCGCCACUGCCCUUACCUGGACACAAUCAACAGGAGCGUUCUGGACUUCGAUUUUGAGAAGUUAUGUUCGAUAUCGCUAUCCCACAUUAACGUGUAUGCCUGUCUCAUAUGUGGAAAGUACUUUCAAGGCAGAGGUCUCAAGUCGCAUGCUUACACCCACAGUGUCCAGUUCACCCACCAUGUGUUCCUCAACCUGCAUACCCUGAAGUUCUACUGCCUACCAGACAACUACGAGAUCAUCGACUCUUCCCUGGAGGACGUUACAUAUGUGUUGAAGCCCACCUUCACCAGGCCUCACAUCUCGGGGCUGGAUAAGCAGGGCAAGCUGUACCGGGCGUAUGACGGAACCACCUACCUCCCUGGCAUCGUGGGGCUCAACAACAUCAAAGCCAACGACUACGCCAACGUGGUGUUGCAGGCACUGUCCAACGUUCCCCCUCUGCGGAACUACUUCCUGGAGGAGGAGAACUACCGGGGCAUCCGACGGCCCCCUGGGGACAUCAUGUUCCUCCUGGUGCAGCGCUUCGGCGAGCUGAUGAGAAAGCUGUGGAACCCCCGGAACUUCAAGGCCCAUGUGUCGCCUCACGAGAUGCUGCAGGCCGUGGUGUUGUGCAGCAAGAAGACCUUCCAGAUCACCAAGCAAGGCGAUUCGGUGGACUUCCUGUCCUGGUUCCUGAACGCCCUCCAUAACGCUCUCGGAGGCACAAAGAAGAAACCAUCAAGCAUCACAAAUGUGUUUCAAGGCUCCAUGCGGAUCUUCUCCAAAAAGCUUCCACAUCCAGAUUUAACACCAGAGGAAAAGGAGGAAUUGCUGCUGACAGAAGAGUACCAGGAGAAGAUAUCGGAGUCCACCUUCCUGUAUUUGACCCUUGACCUCCCAACGGCACCGCUGUACAAGGAUGAGAAGGAGCAGCUGAUCAUUCCUCAGGUGCCCCUCUUCAACAUCCUGGGCAAGUUCAACGGCAGCACAGAGAAGGAGUACAAAACAUACAAAGAGAAUUUCCUCAAGAAAUUCCAGCUGACCAAACUGCCCCCCUACCUGAUAUUCUGCAUCAAGCGCUUCACCAAGAACAACUUCUUUGUGGAGAAAAACCCCACCAUUGUCAACUUCCCCAUCACUAACGUGGACCUCCGAGAGUACCUGACGGAGGAAAGCCAGGUCACAGAAAAGCACACGACCUACGACCUUGUAGCCAACGUGGUGCAUGAUGGGAAGCCCACCGAGGGAGCCUACAGAACACACGUACUGCACCACGGCACGGGGAAGUGGUACGAGAUGCAGGACCUGCAAGUGACGGACAUCCUGCCCCAGAUGAUCACCCUGUCUGAGGCCUACAUCCAGAUCUGGAAACGCAGGGAGGAUGAUGACACACCGAUCCACACCGGAGCGUAGUGUCCUGGUGGCCCCAGUGACCGAGCCCAGUAAGACCCUCUGGUCCCUCUGAACCCUAAAGAGCUCUGCAGAGUAAGGAGGUCUGACUCUCGUUCCAGACAUUAAGGACUGAGGAAAAAUAUUUUCUUUUAUUACAACUUUUUUAAGUGUUUAUUUGUGAACUCUUUUGAAAUAAACAUGUAUUUCAAAUUUC